AUGUUUUGGAAGGUGGCCGUGACUACGGCCGUGCUAGCCUCGAGUGUUGGCGCCGAGAUCCGCCCGCUGUCCAUGGACCAAACCAUCGAGGUCAGGGCCGUCGACGUGCUAGAACGAAACUACGAGGACGUUGCAAACCGAUAUAUCGAGAAGCGCCAGACCGCCGCCGUGGAUGGCGUAUGGAUCCCGAAAUCCGAGGUCACCCUCAACCCCGACGGUUCCAUCAACAUGACGGCUUGGGAGGAGGAAACAUCCCAGAAAUGUACCGACGCGCUUUCACAUCUCGACCAGGCAUCGAACCCUUCGGGAACUUGCAUCUGCUACAACCUCCCGAGCCUCGACGCCAAAAGCGGCGUCUUUGAGGCCGACUUGCGCCUCUACAAGGUCUCGGACGCCAACGGCGCCUUUUCUGGCAUCCCGCCCCAGAACAUUCAGGUUGGACUCUCGUUCAACGGUGCUUCCGUCUCCCCAAUCAGCGCCAACAACUCUGGCGGCAGUACUGGCACAACUGCUCGCCGCGACGUGGGCUUCGAGGCUCCCUGGUCCACACUGCAGAAGCGUGCGGUCGCCCCUCAACUGUUGCAGACAUAUCUCUUUGUUGGACAGAUCGACCCGGCCAGGAUGACGGCGUCCAUGUCCAUGUCACAACUGGAAGCGCUCGUGAUGCCGACUCUGACGCUCACUGGUGUUAACGUUGCCGGCCAAACUGUUAGCACCAAUGUCUCUUCGAACGAAGCCGCUUUCAUCACCGGUGUCUUCUCAAAGGAAGUGGUCAAGUCCGAUCUCGCCGUUGCCCAGGCCGCCGUCGAUCAGAUCGUCGCCUCGCUCCAUAACGGCACCGUGGCUUUCGUUCUUCCCGGCGUGCAAAUUUUGAUUUUCCCCGUCGGCCUCGUCGUCACCAGCACCUGGCUCUUCAUCGGACUGUCCUUCUACGGCUUGGGCACGUACGAGAGGUUCAAUCACGCCGAGAACUACAGGAGGAGGCGGGCCGUCGCAGGCAACACUACCAAGCGCUUCUAA